UCGAAAUUCGAACGAAGUUGAACAAAUUCUGUUAAAGCGAUGACUUCUGUACUGCCUUUUAUUUUUAAUGUAAAAGACAGAAGGCCUUUGAGUACGUUCUUUAAUCGCUGUAGAAAUCAUUGAAAUGAAUGUGUAUACUGUAAUUGCUAUAUCCCGAGUUAAGGAAAUCCUGACACCAAGCCUGUAAUCAUCUUGUCACCUUGUCGCCGUCGCACUACACCUUUAGUUCGAAGGAAUCCAUUAGCCUCAUGGAGCUAAAUUUUGUGACACAUCAAUACCUUAUUAACUAAUGCUUCCUGUUCUAAAACCCAGCUUGGUAUGAACCUUUAAUAAAGAUAAUGCAUAAAACCGGAGGCAUCUACCACUAAAAGCCGACUUUGCAAAGCCGAAUUGACUAGCUCAGUAUUACUCGGUGAUAGUCGUCUAAUCUCCCAGAUUGUCCCAGAGCUGCUGCAGUGUGCGCUGCAGUCUUCGACUCUUCCAACUCCAGCUUUCGUGCUGCAGCAGCAAACUCAAUGUGCGAGAGAUGCUUGCCUUCGUCCUUGUAUCUGGGUCUAUUUGGAUCGUGCUAGAGAUCAGUAAUUCGCUGAUGGAGAAGAUGCAGGCUCAGGAGAUUCUACGUAGUCUAAGGCUGCCAGAAUUGGAUGAGUUCAGCCAAUUCUUCCACUCUCUCCCUGCUUCCACACUCAUGGGCAUCGGAGCACUGGCGGCUAUAAUAGCUUACUGGCUCGCCACACGACCAAAAGCCAUGAAACCUCCUUGUGACCUCACCCAGCAGUCUCAGGAAGUUGAGCACAGUGAUGGAGCCCACAGAUCAGUACUGGGGGACACUCCCAAGCUGCUAACUCAUUACCAUGAUGAUGCCAAGACCAUGUAUGAGGUGUUCCAGCGGGGGCUACACAUAGCUGGAGAUGGACCUUGUUUAGGAUCCCGACAUCCCAACCAGCCAUAUGUGUGGCUGUCUUACAAGGAGGUUAUCUCUAGGGCAGAGCAUCUGGGGUCAGGGUUGAUAUUCCAGGGCUGCAGACCUUGCCCUGACCAAUUCAUUGGGGUAUUUGCACAAAACAGGCCAGAGUGGAUUAUUUCAGAGUUGGCCUGCUACACUUACUCUAUGGUGGUAGUACCACUUUAUGAUACCUUAGGACCAGAUGCUAUUCGCUACAUUAUCAACACUGCGGAGAUCUCCACAGUUAUAUGUGACAAGCCAGGAAAGGCUCAGGUCCUGCUGGAGAAUGUGGAGAGGAAGGAGACACCAGGACUGAAGACUGUCAUCGUAAUGGACCCUUUUGACAGCUCCCUGGUGGAGAGGGGUGUCGGAUGUGGAGUGCACAUUCAGUCUAUAAAGGAAGUUGAGACUUCGGGGAGAGCACACCACAGAGUUCCCCUGCCUCCUCAGCCAGAUGACUUGUCCAUUGUGUGUUUUACCAGUGGCACAACAGGAAAUCCUAAAGGGGUGAUGUUAACUCAUGGGAAUGUUGUUGCAGAUUUUUCUGGCUUCCUUAAAGUUACCGAGAAAGUCAUCUUUCCCAGGCAGGAUGACGUGCUCAUCUCUUUCCUGCCUCUUGCUCACAUGUUUGAGAGACUCAUCCAGUCUGUAGUGUACUGCCAUGGUGGAAGGAUUGGUUUCUUUCAAGGAGAUAUCAGGCUCCUCUCAGAUGACAUGAAAGCACUUUGCCCCACCAUCUUUCCUGUGGUACCCAGGCUGCUCAACAGAAUGUAUGACAAGAUCUUUAGCCAAGCCAGUAACCCUGUGAAGCGCUGGCUUCUGGAAUUUGCUGCCAGAAGGAAAAGUGCUGAGGUUCACAGUGGGAUCAUACGGAACGACAGUGUGUGGGACAAAAUCUUCUUCAGUAAGAUCCAGGCCAGUCUCGGUGGGCGGGUGCGAAUGAUCGUGACAGGAGCUGCUCCAGCAUCUCCAACUGUCCUGGGAUUCCUGCGAGCUGCACUGGGCUGCCAGGUCUAUGAGGGGUAUGGACAAACAGAGUGCACUGCUGGAUGUACCUUUACAACCCCCGGUGACUGGACUUCAGGCCAUGUUGGGGCACCACUGCCUUGUAAUUUAAUAAAACUGGUGGAUGUUGCAGAUAUGAAUUACUUUGCUUCAAAAGGAGAAGGAGAGGUGUGUGUGAAAGGCCCAAACGUGUUCAAAGGGUACCUGAAAGACCAGGAGAAAACAGCCGAGGCCCUGGAUGAAGAUGGAUGGCUGCACACUGGAGACAUUGGGAAGUGGUUGCCUAAUGGUACAUUAAAAAUUAUUGAUCGGAAGAAACAUAUCUUCAAGCUAGCUCAAGGAGAGUACAUUGCGCCAGAAAAGAUCGAGAACAUCUACAUCCGGAGUGAACCAGUAGCACAACUCUAUGUCCACGGGGAUAGCUUACAGUCCUGUCUUGUUGGUAUUGUUGUACUUGAUCCUGAAGUAUUGCUGGACUGGGCCAGGAAAAGAGGCAUUGAGGAAUGUUUUGGAGAUCUGUGUAAAAACAAAGAAGUGAAGAAAGCAGUAAUGGAUGAUAUGGUACGACUGGGAAAAGCAAGUGGACUCCAUUCUUUUGAACAGGUCAAAGACAUCUACAUCCACAAUGAGUUGUUCUCAAUACAAAAUGGCCUUCUUACUCCAACAUUAAAGGCGAAGAGAUCAGAACUGAGAGAGUUCUUUAAGGAGAAAAUUGAGCAUAUGUAUGCCAACAUCUCUAUGUAAAUUAAUAAAUUCCCCUGAUUUCAGAGAAUAUAGCAAUAUUGCUGUAUAUAAACCACAUGUCCUUAACUCUUAAUUAAAUACAACAUUCAACUAUGAAAAUGGAAGAAAACAAUACAGGUUUUUGUUAUUAGUACUGAAGGAGUCAGGCCUUCUAGUACUGGUCCUAUCCAAUGAGCAACAUCCAGGCAAUCUGGUGGGCUGAUGCUCUAAAGUUAAAACCAAAUCAUCUGUUAUUAUUAAUAUUCAGUUUUUAUAUUUCUUGCCCUGAUAAAAAAAAUGGAUUUUUCACAUCUAUCAAAAAUAAACUAUAAAUGCAAGAUUAAAGUGGCUUCAGAAAAAUCAGAGGUUAUUUAUUCACAAUAAAAGGCAUAACACUCUCUUGUAGUGUCCUGUAUUGCUUUCUAAUACACAAAUGGUCUACAAGCUUUAUGAAAUGAAUGUAAAACUAUAUUGAUAAUGAUAUUUGUUUAGAGUUCUGAUUGAGAUAUUCAAAACUCUUGGAAAACACGUAAAAGGCUUUAGUAUUAGGACCUGGUAUUAAGUAUUAAGUAUGGUUUUGAAUUUCUUGCAAAUCAAAAUAAUUGCUUUAAAAAGGUGAAAAAUUAGAUAUGAGUACAUAUCUAAACAAUUAUAUGUAAAAAGAUUUAAGUAUCCAGUAAAAAACAUCAAGUGUAUUAAUCCUGUACACUGGAAAGCAUUAACAUGAUCCCACAUUCAAAGAACGGCAUUGCCAGGUAUGGAUAACAAUUAUGUGAAGUAAAAUAAAGACACAUUCUAAAAUAUACACAAUAUGAACCUACUCUUUUUUUGUAUGUUUAAAAUUAUUAACCAUGUAAUGUACUGAAAGGACAUACAGCAUUGUUAAAAAAUAGUGAUAUGCAAAAAUGUUUUUUUUUGUUUUUGUUUUGUGUAGCACUGGGUUUACUUGGACUUGGAAAUAUUUGUACUGUCCAAAAUGUAUUUAAACCAAGGUCCAGUUUUGUACACUUAUUUAAACUUUAUGGUGAAAAGGUCUUCAAUGAUGUCACGUUGGCUUUCUAAUACAUUUAAUUGUCAUUUUUGUAUGAUAGACAGACCUUACGUUGUUAAAAAGUGUAAAUAGUUCACCAUGACCAAAGCCUUUGUCCCCUGUACACAGAUUUCUCUCUAUCACCAUCACCAAAGACAAAAAGAUCAUAACCUCUAGUAUGCUCAUUAUGAAAUGUAUUGUAGUAAAGGCACUGCAUUGAGGUAUACUGUAUAUUUUAAUCUGUAUGAAUAAACAUGAAUGAAAGCAAUGUAUUUUAAUCAGUUAUUAAUGUAUAUCUUUUAAAAUCAUCCACUUUUAUAACACGUUGUCUGUAAUACUAUGCUUCUACUGUACCUGACAGCCUCCUUUAUUUCUCUGAAACAUUUUAUUUCCUUUCAGUUUUCCUGUUCAAACAUAUUUUGUUAAAAACAAGCUACAAUAAAUGAUAAUGAGUUUGUCUAAUCUUA